CGAACCCGCAGCUUCUUCUUCUUCUUCUUCGUCUCUUUGCUCCGGAGCUCAGCUCGAACCUGCCGGGGCUUCCCUCUCCUCCUCCCCGCCUCACAGCCUCCUCUCCCCGGCUUCUCUCCCCGGCUCCACCGCCUCCUCUCCCCGGAGGACCGGACCCGCACCGACCCUCCGCACCCUGGAUCCCCGGAGCUCGCCUCCAUGCCUGCCCGGGUUUAGGUUCUCCAUGGAGCUGUCCAACCUGUACGAGGCGGCCCCCCCCCGGCCCCAGAUGAGCAGCCUGCCCCCCCACGGCCCGCAGCCCCCCCACGGGUACCGGGACCCUGCGGAUCUCGGAGGGGACAUCGGGGACCAUGAGACCUCCAUCGACCUGUCGGCCUACAUCGACCCGGCGGCCUUCAACGACGACUUCCUGGCCGACCUGUUCCAGCACGGCUCCCGGCAGGAGAAGCUGAAGCUGCUGAGUGGGGGGGAGUACGAGUCGGGACCCUGUGGCCCCCCGGGUGGUGCGGGGGGUCCCUGUGGCCCCCCGGGGGGUGGGGGGGCCCAGCAGCAGCUCUACAUGUCCUCCUACCUGCACGAGUCCAACCCGCCGCGGCUCCGGCCCGUGGCCAUCAAGCAGGAGCCCCGGGAGGACCAGGACCUGACCCCGGGCCUGACCCCGGGCCUGACCCCGGGCCUGGCCCCCCCCACCUACCACCACCCGCACCCCCACUCCGGGCAGUACCCCCAGCAGCAGCCUCCGCACCUGCAGUACCAGAUCGCUCACUGCGCGCAGACCACCAUGCACCUGCAGCCGGGCCACCCCACCCCCCCACCCACCCCGGUGCCCAGCCCGCACCACCACCCGCACCAGCACCACCCGCACCACCACCCGCAGGCCGGCCACAAGCACCUGGACCGGAAGUCCAAGAAGAACGUGGACAAGAGCAGCCCGGAGUACCGGAUGCGGCGCGAGCGCAACAACGUGGCGGUGCGCAAGUCGCGCGACAAGGCGAAGAUCCGGAACCAGGAGACUCAACAUAAGGUUCUGGAGCUGAGCGGGGACAACGAGCGGCUGCGGAGGAGGGUCGAGCACCUGACCCGGGAGCUGGACACGCUGCGAGGCAUCUUCAGACAGCUGCCGGACGGGUCCUUCAAGCCCCUGGGCAGCUGAGGGACCGCUGGACUAGACCCGGACCGGACCCGGACCGGACCCGGACUGGACCAGACCCGGGCUGUGCUGGACCCGGGCUGGAUGGACUGGUUUCCUGCUGGAUUUACUCCCAGAGGGUCCUGCGGGUCUCGGGCAGGACGGACCGACCGGACGAGGCAGCUGAGUGACCACUGAGCAAACUUCUGUCCUGAACAAGCAUUUGGUUUUUUUACUGAUUUAUGAACAAAACAUUUUCAGAUCUUUAUUCGCAAAAACAAUCACAAAAAACAGAUUCAAACUCUUUCUUAAACCUGAAUCUAAAGUGAUUAUUUUAAUUGGCUGCGGGUGAAGCGAUCUGAUUGGCUGAAUCUGUCCCACCUGUUCUCUCAGUAAAAGACUCAACGACUUGUGCGGACUGAAUCUCUGACCUCAGUGGUCACGUGCCUUUUUUUAAAAACUUUUGUGCAAAAGCCAAUAAGCUUGUUUCCUGCAGACCCACACAACAGAGGACUGGGUGAUUUUGUGCCUUGUUUCCUACACACUGUGUGACACCACAAACACACAACCCACAUAUCAGAGCAGCUAAGGUAGGGCAUCAGCCUGUUGUGCACGGUUUCUCUAAUUAUUUUUGUUUUAUACAAGUUACCAUCUCCAUAUCUUCUCCUGAUAAACUAGGAUUUGUCUUUUAUAGAGUUAUAAAAUGCAAAGUGCACAUGCUUUUAUAUCCCAGGCUGAAGUGUAUGUUUGUGUGUUGAUGUUCCUCUCUGGUACGAGACCUGUGUGGAGCUGAUAUGGACGAUAUCAUAUAUGAGACAAAGUUUUACUCGUGUUCCAAAAGUUAUUCCUGUAAAUCUUCACAGCUGAGUGUUGUAGCUGCAGUUUGUAUUUGUCGAGACUGUGAAGCACGAUCCUGUCUCCACACCCGACCUGUCACAACCUUGUGUGUCCACGUCAGGCGGCUGGUUGUUAUCUCAAACCAGUCGGAGUAGAAGCAUUUUGGACCUUUGACCUUUUGCACUAUGACACAAAGAAAUGCUCCAUGUUCCCCCUCGAAAACAAGGCAGGUCUCCUCUGUUAGUUCCCUGAGCGCUGCGGAGCGUGGAGACACAAGGUUUUCAUCUGUAUGAACUGAGUGUGGUGCGUUAACGCCAAAGUGUAAAAUACACACACACACACACACACACACACACACACACACACACACACAUACACACACACAUUAAACAAAGACUGGAAUUGAACCUGUGGUACCUGCUUCCUCCUCGUCUCCGUCCGAUGGAAACAACGUGUCCCCGAACACGUCUGGACCAUAUCUGAGGAGACAAGUGGUUUCCAGAGGACGGACACGGGGACAGCAGCUCUGUCUUCUGCACUAUUUGUCACGUGAAGCACAGUGUUGUCUCGCACACGUGUGCAUGGGUACUGAUCUGAAGAGAAGAACACGCCUCGCUCUACAUACGUGUAUUUAUGUGUCAACCAUUUUGAGAAAAAAACAAACAAAAGACAAAAAUGUGAAAAGGGUUCCUAUGCAACGCGUCUCUUCCUCUUUUCCACUGUUGUGUCAUUACACACACACACACACAGACACACACAGACACACACACACACACACACAGAGUGCCUUCUGAUCCUCUGAGAUGACCUUUGACCUCUUGCUGAUGUGCUCGUUUGUUGAAAGAUUUUUGAAAUCGAUUUGUCGGCGAGGAAAAAGGAAGAACUUUUGUUUGUUUUUUUUACAAAGUGAUGUUUGUCAAAGUCUCAAUUGUAAAAUAAGCCUCUACAUAUAUAAAUAUAUAUAAAUAUAUUAAAAAAAUCUGAAUUAUUAUAAAAAUAAAGAAGUUUGUUUUAUCUCA